CUCCUGGGAAUAUCGCACGGACGGUUGGCUGGAUUAUAAUGGAGAGAGUCAACAACAGGGACUACAGAAGAAAACUCUGUGGAAAAAUGACAUCCAGGAAGAAAGUUCUCCUGAAAGUCAUCAUCUUGGGAGAUUCUGGUGUUGGAAAGACCUCCCUAAUGAACCAGUACGUCAACAAGAAGUUUAGUAACCAAUACAAAGCAACAAUAGGUGCAGACUUCCUGACCAAGGAGGUGAUGGUGGACGACAGGCUCGUAACAAUGCAGAUAUGGGACACAGCCGGACAGGAGAGGUUCCAGUCCCUGGGUGUUGCGUUCUACCGAGGAGCGGACUGCUGCGUGUUGGUGUUUGAUGUGACUGCACCCAACACUUUCAAGACACUGGACAGCUGGAGGGAUGAAUUCCUGAUCCAGGCCAGCCCUCGAGAUCCUGAGAACUUUCCCUUUGUGGUGCUAGGCAACAAGAUUGACUUGGAGAACAGACAGGUAACCACCAAACGGGCUCAGGCCUGGUGUCAGAGUAAAAACAACAUCCCCUACUUUGAGACCAGCGCCAAAGAAGCCAUUAAUGUAGAACAGGCAUUCCAGACAAUUGCACGCAACGCCCUGAAACAGGAAACAGAGGUGGAGUUGUAUAAUGAA